GCGAAGCCGCGGCUGCCGCGUUUGUUCUGAGUUCCCCCGCCGCCGGGCUGGCGUCUGCGGAUCCAGACCAAGCGGCCCUGGCCGGGGAUCUCACCUCGGGGGCGCGGAGCAUGGACGGCCGCCAGCCCCGGUGGGCCGGCACGGGCAAGGCUGGGUCUCGUUCCCCGCACCAGGGAGCGGCGGAGCUGCUGGUGUUUAACUUUCUGCUCAUCCUGACCAUCCUGACCAUCUGGCUGUUCAAAAACCACCGCUUCCGUUUCUUGCACGAAACCGGAGGGGCCAUGGUGUACGGGCUCAUCAUGGGGCAUUUGCGAUACGCCACGGCACCGACGGAUAUGGACAGUGGCACUGUGUAUGACUGUGGGAAAUUGGCCUUCAGCCCUUCCACGCUGUUGGUUAACAUCACUGACCAAGUUUAUGAGUACAAAUACAAGAGAGAAAUCAGCCAGCACAACGUCAGCCCUCACCAAGGCAAUGCUCUCCUGGAGAAGAUGACGUUUGACCCAGAAAUCUUCUUCAACGUGCUGCUGCCGCCGAUCAUAUUCCACGCGGGCUACAGUCUGAAGAAGAGACACUUCUUUCAAAACUUGGGGUCGAUUUUAACGUACGCCUUCCUGGGCACGGCCAUUUCCUGCGUCGUCAUCGGGCUCAUUGUGUACGGCUUUGUGAAGGCGAUGCAGCAGGCCGGCCAGUUGAAAGAUGGAGACUUCCAUUUCACCGACUGUUUGUUUUUCGGUUCCCUGAUGUCCGCGACCGAUCCAGUGACGGUGCUGGCCAUUUUCCACGAGCUGCACGUGGACCCCGACCUGUACACGCUGCUGUUUGGGGAGAGCGUGCUCAACGACGCCGUAGCCAUCGUCCUCACGUAUUCCAUCUCCAUCUACAGCCCCAAGGAGAACCCCAACGCCUUCAACACAGCCGCGUUCUUCCAGUCGGUGGGGAAUUUCCUGGGCAUCUUUGCCGGCUCGUUCGCCAUGGGCUCUGCCUACGCCGUGGUCACGGCCCUGUUGACCAAGUUUACCAAGCUGUGUGAGUUCCCCAUGCUGGAAACGGGCCUGUUCUUCCUCCUCUCCUGGAGCGCCUUCCUGUCGGCGGAAGCCGCCGGCCUGACAGGGAUCGUGGCGGUCCUCUUCUGUGGGGUGACACAGGCGCAUUACACCUACAACAACCUCUCGCCCGAUUCCAAAGGGAGGACCAAGCAGCUGUUCGAGUUUAUGAACUUCCUGGCUGAGAACGUCAUCUUCUGCUACAUGGGCCUGGCGCUGUUCACCUUCCAGAACCACACCUUCAACGCGCUCUUCAUCCUCGGGGCCUUCGUAUCCAUCUUUGUGGCCCGGGCCUGCAACAUUUACCCCCUCUCCUUCCUCCUGAACCUGGGCCGGAAGGAGAAGAUCCCCACGAACUUUCAGCACAUGAUGGUGUUCUCAGGUCUGCGGGGGGCCAUCGCGUUCGCCCUGGCCAUCCGGAACACCGAGUCGCAGCCCAAGCAGAUGAUGUUCAGCACGGCCCUGCUGCUGGUGUUCUUCACCGUCUGGGUGUUUGGGGGAGGGACCACCCCGAUGCUGACCUGGCUACAGAUCAGAGUCGGUGUGGACCUGGAAGAGAACCGGAAGCCGGAGGAGCCCGCCUCGCCCCAGGAAGCAAACAGCGUGGAGAAAAACACCACGAGAGCCGAGAGCGCGUUGCUGUUCAGGAUGUGGUAUGGCUUUGACCACAAGUAUCCUUUGGUAACGGUGACCCCCGCAAACGCUGCUGCAUGGUAGAGAAUUGCCCUUGACCCUGAAGGUAGGCGCUCUGGGCUCCUCAAGAACCCAGAAAGGUAAGGCCAAC